GAGCUCACGGCCUCUUAUUAGUAGCACGCAGGCGGCGCUUUCCCGUCAUUGUCAGCCACGCUGGGUAGGGAGCGCCGUGUGUGAGCAGUGAGGUGAGUACUAGGCCGCCGUGUACCGUUUACGGGCGUCCUUUUAGUUUCAUGGUUCGGUAAUGCCGAGCGGUCUCCCAUUCAUGUUACCGUCUGAUUUCGGUUUCAUUCCGGUGUGUGCUACCGCCUCCCCAUUUUUAUUUACUUCGUACGUUUCAGGCCUUGCAGCCUUCAUUGUUCUUUGUUAACGGUAUUCGCAUCUGCCUUUAUCUCUUUGUUAAUAUUUUUGUAUUUGCGCUAGAAGCGUUGUUUGAAUGUUUAGCGUUCUGUCGUUUCUAGCUAUCUGUUAUUGCCGGCGAGUUACAUGUUUGGUGUGGUUUUAUGUAAAGGACGGUCAGUCUAUUAUAAGGAUUACGGUUCCUUUUUACGCUGUGAAGGUUUGGGUUCUUUCUAUUGAUACUCGUGUUGUGUAAGAUAGUUUAGCCAUUUGAAUGCCAGCGGUGUUUCUAACGUGUUCAGACCUCGCACUAGGAAGGGUUUCGGCGAGCAACGAGCCAAGCCCCCUCCUCCCCCGCGCGCGCCAUGUUAUCGUGGUUCAGGCGGCAGGGGCUGCGUGCGCUCUCCGCCGCCAUUUUGUUUCUGUGAACUAAUCGAGUCACGUGUCGUUUUUUUGUUUUUUUUUCCAGACGCUCGAUCCGCUAACAAAAAAUAAAUAAAACGUCCGUCGUAGCAGAACAAAAUGUCCGGCUCUGAAGGUGGUGAUGGCUACGUUGUCAAGAUCCGCGGCCUACCGUGGUCCUGUUCUCAGGGAGAGAUCGAGAACUUUUUUACUGGUGAGUGUUAAAUGUUAACCCCUUAGUGACCAGACCGUUUUUCAGUUUUCUUACCCCAUGGCUAUUUUUACAUUUCGGAGGUGUUUUUACAUUUUAUUACUCAUUUACUGUACCCACACAUAUUCCGUUUUUCUUGCUCUAAAGACACCAUUAUUUUCAUUUAUUUAUAUAUAUAUAUAUAUUUUUUUUUUAUUUAUUUAUUUUUAAAAACGUUUUCUGACACCCAAAAUCUGUUACCAAUCUACUACUGCCAAAAAUGACCCAUGCUAAAUAGUUUCUACAUUUUGCCCUGAGUUUAGAAAUACCUAAAGUUGCCAUGUUCUUGGCUUUUUGUUUUGCAUGUUAUAGGGCAGUACUGGUAGGACAUUACUGUUUCAAAAAAUAUAUUUUUAAAAUUCAUCAAUAGUGACAUUGUAACACUGUUAUCAUAAAGCGGAUACCCCAUACUGAAUAACCUGGACCAUGUCCAGUCUUUUUUAGUAGCCACUUAGUCACAAACACUGACCAAAGUUAGCAUAUAUAUUUGUGUUAAAAAUGCAAACAAAAUUAUGAAUGCUAACUUUGGCUAGUUUGUGUCACUAAGUGGCUACUAAAAAGACUGAUCAUACUCAUUUGCAAUACCUCGGGUUGUCUUUUUUUCCAAAUGGUAUGUCAUCAUGGGGGUAAUUCUCAUUCCUGCGCUAUCAUACCCUCUCAAAGGCAACAUAACUAAUCUGGCAAAUUUCAAUGUGAAAAAACUGAAAACCAAGCAUUACAUUUGACCCUGUAACUUUCAAAAACACUAAAAAAUAAAAAAAAACCUGUACGUGGGGGGCUACUGUUGUACUCAGGAGACUUUGCUGAACACAUAUUAGUGUUUCACAACGUCAUCAGUGAAAGUACUGUUUUGUGAAAUGCUGUGAUAUGUUUUACUGUUUUGAAACGCUAAUAUUUGUGUUCAGUGGAGUCUACAGAGUAAAACAGUACCCCCCCCUCCCGCCCAACGUACAUGUUUUAGGAUGUCUUGGAAAGUUACAGGGUUAAAUGUAGUGCUAGCAAACUAAAUUCUCUGGACUUUCAGCCUGGGUUAUCGGGCAGGUCCCCCAAAUUGCAAUUCAUAAAAUUGCUUAAUUAUGUAAAAAUAUGUUUAUGUAAUUAUGUAUAUCUUGUAUUUUUAAUUUAUGUAUACAUAUAUUUCAUUCUAAUUUUAUUUUGAUAUAUUAUCAAAAUAUAGUUAUAAUAAAAUUACAUAACUUUUAUUUAUUUAUUUUACAAUAUGUAGUUAUAUUAUACAUGUGUAUUUUUAUAUUUAUAACUUUAAAAAAAUACACUUGGCAUGACAUAAGAUAUAGAUAUAUAACUUUUUUUUUUUUUUUUUUAAUUUAUGAACUUUUUUAAAAACCAAUUAACCAGCAGGGGGUCUCCCUGUACAGGCAGUCCCCCGACAGACAGCACUAUGGACACCUAUUGGGACCAUGUGACUGCUUUUUCAGAGCGAUCAUGUGGCCUGUGGGGUCCUAAUUAGAAGAGGGGGACUGUCAGACUGUCGUUCUCUCAUUCCUCCCCAAACGGAGAGAAACAGAUUGCCAUUGGUGGAAUGGCGGUGAUCAGGUAAGUGCAUAGGAAUACCGCAUACUAGGUACAUGAGGGGGGUUUUUAAUAAAUAUAUAUAUAUAUAUAUAUAUUAUAUUAAAAAAUUAUUAUUUUUUUAAUCAGUAAGUGCGUCAAGGCACACAGGCAGAGCAUUGGAAGCCUGCACGAUGGCUUCCGGUGCUCUGCUACACUGCUGGGUGCCACGUGGGGCAACCCAGAAGUGAUCAAAUUUGCCACGGGCGUAUCAGGUACGUCCGAGCUAGUAAACAGUUUUUUCUUUUUUGUCAAAAAGAGGUUAAAAUAUCAGUUACCUGCUGAGAGCACUUUUUCGGUAAAUGUUAUAUAACUUAUCAAAUCUAUUUUUCCCUCUAGAGUCCAAAAUAUUAAAUGGCUCUCUUGGGGUUCAUUUCAUCUACACAAGAGAGGGUCGGCCUAGCGGUGAGGCUUUUGUAGAAUUUGAAACGGAGGAUGAUCUAAAACUGGCUUUGAAGAAAGACCGAGAGACCAUGGGGCACAGAUAUGUGGAAGGUAAAUAUUAAAUGCUUGUACUACUUAUUACUGAUGCCCUAAAUUGUGCAUCUACAAUACUUUGGUUUUUGCUUUUGCAGUAUUUAAAUCAAACAAUGUUGAAAUGGAUUGGGUUCUGAAGCACACCGGCCCCAACAGCCCUGAUACAGCCAAUGAUGGCUUUGUUCGACUUAGAGGCCUUCCAUUUGGAUGUAGCAAGGAAGAAAUUGUACAGUUCUUCUCAGGUAUGUUGCACAAUAAAGUACAACUCUGUUUUGAAAUUUACCAAAUAUUGUAUUUGGCCACAGUGAUUUAGAACGUGUUUUGUAUGUCCCUUUACUUUAUCAUGCAUAUGUUUUUUUUCAAACUAAAGUGCUUCUAAAUGUCUCUUGUGUGAUUUGUACUCUUCCUUCUUAUAUUGUAGUUAGGUUUUCUAUAACUUGGACUAUCCACAGUCUUGCCACAUCUGCUCUUUAACAGAUUGGCCUCUGACAUAAGAAGGCAAGCUCCCAAACACCAUAGCAAUCUAAGUUGCGGUGCAAAGAGGUUUUAUGUACAUAUAACUCGCUCAAUUUUUUUUUUAUUUAUUUAUUCUUAAUUAUAUAGAAGUUGGUGUUUAUUGGUAGAUCUACAAUAUCACCCUUAGGUGUACAAAUAUUUAUACUUUGUGGCUUUCCGUGAGUUUGCAUUCCAUCUGUGAGUAGCCUAGUUCAUACAAUGUAGAGUGCAACUUUUCAGCAAGGUAACUUAUGAUUUUGUUUUGGCAAUUGCCACAUGCAGCAAUUUUUCACUCGUGUAUUAACUCCUAAGGACACAUGAUGAAAAUAUUCCGCCAUGAUUCCCUUUUAUUCCAGAAGUUGUCCUUAAGGGGUUAAAUUGAUUGCAUGCUACUUUUUUUUUUUUUUUUUUCUGUUGGGAACCAUAGAUAAUGGAAGAAUGUUGACAGGCUAAUGCCCCAAUUGUAUCCUGGUCUGAGAACUUUAAUUUGCAGGACGCAAGCUCUAAAUAUAAAAACUUUUUUAGUUGGCUAUUGUGCAUAAUGACACACGUUGCAAGAUCAAAGCCUAGAAAUGAGUCAUAGGAUAUAUUCAGGGUGCUAAUUUAUAAUCUUUGAGCAUACUGUUUGAUCACAGUCAUUUACACUUGUGUGCAGACCCAGACAUCAGAAUGUCUGGUGAGGGUAUAUCAACUAUCUCUUCAGCAGACAUAGUAAAUGUUUGUAACCGUAAGUUAAUAUUGACAUUUUUGUAAGAACACUAAUGAUUAAAAUGAGGUUAAAUAUAUUAUAUUUAAAAUAUGUUAAUGAAUAAGGAUUUUUCUACCUAACUUUUAUUUUAGUUUUUCCUCCUUGAAAUCUUAUCUUUCCCUUCUUUGUGCACUUUGACUUCAAAUCUUUACAGUUAACGGCAGUUUUCCCCCCCAAGGUUUUGUAAUCUUAAAUGGGACCUAUCACUUCCCAGAAUUUACCAAACUCCUUAUUUAAUGGUAAUUUUAAGCCUGGAAACAAAAAUUAGAAACCCACAACUUUUUUUUCUUUUCCAAUCUUGCAACUGGGCUUAUCUCUUGGCUUGAGAGUAGUUUUUUAUUUUAUUUAUUUAAUACUCACUGCUGUAAUUCCAAACAAAUGGUAGUUGCCCUUUAAAUCUGUAACUUAAUCUCUUAAAAUAGCUGAACAGCUUACAUUAAAUAUGCUAGUGUCUGUAAUCCUCUCAACCUCUUUUGAGUAAUGCUAUUUAGGCCUAUUUUUUCCCCCAAACUUGAUGAAUGAGUGGCAUGGAACAUAACCCAACGUAAUGCAAAAUUUAUUUAUUUUUUUAAAUUUUUUUUUUUUUGCCUGUGAACCUUUAAAUCUUUAAUAUAGCAUGCAUGAUGCUGAAGGGGAUGCAUAUUCCUGUAUUAAUUGUUGGUGACAACUGUGAGAAUUGACACAACUCUUAAGGCAGAAGCCCUUACGUUUUUUACCUAAAUGCGUUCUAGUACUUAAUCACGUAUUGAAAGGGACUCUCCAGUGUCAGGAAAACAUGUUUUCCUGGCAGUGCCCUUCCACCCCAUUCCAUGUUGCUGAAGGGGUUAAAACCCCUUCAGCGACUUACUUGAAUCUAGCGCCAAUGUGUUUCUGCGCAGGGUCAUGCUCCGCCCACGCUUCUCCCCCUGCUAAUGUCAGCCAGGGGGGCCUAAUGCGUGACAAUGGCUGUGCGCAUUAGACCUCCCCAUAGGAAAUGCAUUAUUCAGUGCUUUCCUAUGGGGAUUUAGGCGACACUCAAGGUCCUCGUGAACAGCAUGAGGAUGUCCAGCGUUGUUUAACACACUUUUUUUUUUUUAAGAGGAUAACUUAACCCUGCAGGUUAAUUUUUGCGGUUUAUAAAAACUGCAAUAAUUACACUUGCAGGGUGGUGGUGGGAGUUGGCACCCAGACCACUCCAAUCGGCAGAAGUGGUCUGUGUGCCUGGAGUGUCCCCUUAAGUUUUACAAGGUUGCCCUUCAAAUUAGAUACCGAAUACAUGCAAAUUCACUAGCUAAUGCAAGCGUUGAUUUACAUUGGAAGUGAAACUGUGAACUUGCAAAAAAGUCAACUUAAUGCUUGAUCAUAAUACAGUGAUCCCUGACUUGCCUUAUCGUUUUGGUCUUUUUUUUUUUUUAAAUGUAUUGGUCAGUGCAAUCAAUAAGAGUAUUUCACAAAGAUUGUCUUUAUGAAUUACCCUUUUUUUGUGAUGGUGAUAGAGCAAGUUUCUGUAUGUAAAGCUAUAUCCACAAUUAUGAGCUUAUCUAAAUCUUCCCAAACAUUAAUGAAAAUGGUAAAAAUGUAUUCACUUAAACUUAAAAGAAUCCUAUAGUCCUGAGAAUUUUUUUUUUUUUUUUUCUGUUCCCUUUUUAUUCUCGCCUUACUCCCCACCUUUUGGUAAUGUGAAAUUUAAUGUUUAAUAUAUUUACUUUAGUUUAAGCACGGAGACCCCUCGACUGCAGCCUUCAGCUUUGUACUUCAGAAUGCCUGCUGACUUCUUCCUCUUAUUGUCCAAUCCAAUAUUUCUUAUAGAAAACCGUUGGGGCCGAAAUAUGCAUACGUACUAAAAUGCUGCACUCCUUGAGUAGCAUUGAUGGAAGAACAGUGACUUUAUUCUAGAGACUGUAGUGCCUCUAGUUGUUUUUAAAAGACGCUGUAGUUGUAUUUAAUCCUUCACUGUAAACAUCGUGUUUUAUACAAAACUGUUUUAUAUUGAAAGGUUAAAUCGACAGGUCCUCUACACCGAGGCCACUUCAUUGAGAGAGUGGUUUUGGUGCAUUUAGUGAUAUUCUUUAUUCUGUAGGUGUCAACAUAAAUCACAUCAUGUUAAACUCUAAUUGUAUUUCCUGAAUGUGGAUGGCUUUGCUAAUUUUUAUGCAGUGGUACCUUUCCCAUUGGCUGACAAGUUCACUAUAUUUGCAUAUACUUCCCAAAUUAAACAAACUAGCAACAAGUUUGGUAGGAAAGACUUCUGGGGAUUGGAAUAUUGAGUGGCCACAAACUUCAACUGUAGGAUAGCAAACCAUCAUGCAUUCCUGAUAUUGCAGCCUACGAGUAUCAAUUGUUAGAUUUUUUUUUUUUUCUGAAUCCUCAGUUUGUUUUGUGUAUUAAACAGUGGUUAAAGUAAUCUCUUGGUGCUAACACAUUUUUUGUAUAGACCAAGUCUACUGCUUGAAUGGAAGUUUGAAAGGUUUCUCUACACUAUGGGAUAGUAUCCCUCCUAUAAACUUUCGGUGUCUACUUUCAAAUGUGCUUCUAGUGAUGUUCAUAUUCGGCUUACUUAAAGAGGAACAGUCAUUUGUCCAAUUCUUUAUGAUUUAUUCAACUUUGUAAACACUAGUGAAAGAAUUUCACAAUAGAGGUAAGUAAAAAGCCACUUACCACCUCUGCUUGAUCUAGUUUAGAUGCUGCCUUCUUGAGGAUUAAGGCUUUUAUGGUUUGGUCACACUGCACUUUUGACUCCGUUAUGAUCCUUGCUGUGCUUGCUAGCUAGAUUCUUUGUUAUCGACUUUGUAUAAUGUGCACGCUUAUCAACUCAAUUUAGUGUUUUUUCCCUUUGGAGAAGCAUGGGUUGGCAUCAGAUGCUUUUCUGUGCCCUUACAGAGUUGCAACUAAGUCUAAACCUUUUUUAUUUUUGAUACUGCAUAUUUAUGAUCUUUUACAACACAAGAUGACUGUUCCUCUUUAAGGAUCCCUCCCAAGAUUUUACUUUUGUGUGUUUUUUGUUUUUUUCCUUCAAUCAUGUUACAUAUGACUUUUUUUUAUUUUAUUUUUUUUUUAUUUUGACUUUUGAUAAUGGAUUUGAACUUGUUAACAUCUACUACCCUAAAUUUUCUGGUUUAUUUAAAAUGAUUGUUUGGGAUUGUGAUUUUUAAUCUUAACCCCCCACUGGGGUUAUUUGUCCUUGGGUUGAAGGGUUGGAAAUCGUGCCAAAUGGGAUAACAUUGCCGGUGGACUUCCAGGGGAGGAGUACGGGGGAGGCCUUCGUGCAGUUUGCUUCACAGGAAAUAGCUGAAAAGGCUCUAAAGAAACACAAGGAGAGAAUAGGGCACAGGUGGGGCUGGAUGGUUGGUUGGUUGUCACUUUUCUUAUGGUAUUGUUAAAGACUUUUUUUUUUUUUUAAAAAAAACUUUUCUCUUUUUUUUAUUAUGCAAACAUUUAAUGUGAAAUACUCAGCUGGCAUAUCUUAGGUCCGAUAAAUGGAAAUACUGGCUUAACAUAUUGUGUUUAAAAAUAGAAUAGUGUUACCAUAAGAAAAUGUGAUACUUGCUAAACUGUUUCAUUUAUUCAAUUCAACAUCUAUGGUAAUGCAUAGGUAUAAGUCCUAAAUGUUUAAAUGUCACAAUGGGUUUCUUGUUCAUAUGUACCAGUGACUUAAUUUAUUCAUAUACACGUUGGCUUAAACGUUCAAUUUAAAUACUGUAUAUCUUGCUGGUAUGUUUUGUGAUGGAUUACACUUAGACUGACUGUACAACCCCCAUUGGUCGGUGUAUAAAUUAACAUCCCCCAUUUCAUGUUUAGUUCAACUUAUUUGCAAAAGGUUUCCAAAUUAAACUUUUUCUAUCACAAAACUAGUUUCACUUUUUCAUUUUAAUUAAGGCACUUAACUGGAUAAGUCCGCUUUGCCGUAUGUUCAUUUUAUCCUUUAAUGCUACAGGUACAUAGAAAUUUUUAAGAGCAGUCGAGCAGAAGUUCGUACACACUAUGACCCUCCCAGGAAACUUUUUGGCAUGCAACGUCCAGGCCCCUAUGACAGACCUGGUGCAGGAAGAGGGUAUAAUAACCUAGGCAGAGGAUUUGACCGAAUGCGACGAGGAGCCUAUGGAGGAGGUAAUGCCUUUUCAUUGAUUUAUGCAAAGAAUGUGCUUGUCUAUAGUUUUGUGUAUUUAACAAACCCCAGAUGUAUACGUGCUUGGUACACUGCAAUAGCAUGCAGUACUUUUGAGCUAUAUAGAAAAGACAAGUUCAGCUUUGGAUAAAUAGCCCAUCAGUUGUCCAAGUGGGACCAAUAGCCCAGAUUACACAUGGAGGUAACACUUGAAAGGAAGUGAUGUAACUUCCUUUACUCAUCCUACUGCUAAGUGGUAAACAAAAGGGUAGGUGGCUAAAAUAACAUACAUGUCAAUAUUGAUCAGCAUUCUCCCCCUUUUAUUUAAAAAAAAAUAGCACCGUUACUCUAAGGCACUAGAAAGUUUGUUUUAGCACAGUUCUCCUUAAAGGAACACUAUAGUCACCUAUAGACCGUAUCUUCAGAAGGAUAUUGAUACCUUAGAGAGGGUUCAGAGAAGGGCUACUAAACUGGUUCAUGGAUUGCGGGAUAAAACUUACCAGGAAAGGUUAAAGGAUCUUAACAUGUAUAGGUUGGAGGAAAGCAAAGACAAGAGGGGAUAUGAUAGAAACAUUUAAAUAUAUAAAGGGAAUCAACACCGUAAAGGAGGAGACUAUAUUUAAAAGAAGAAAAACUACCACAACAAGAGGACAUAGUCUUAAAUUAGAGGGACAAAGGUUUAAAAAUAUAUCAGGAAGUAUUACUUUACUGAGAGGGUAGUGGAUGCAUGGAAUAGCCUUCCAGCUGAAGUGGUAGAGGUUAACACAGUAAAGGAGUUUAAGCAUGCAUGGGAUAGGCAUAAGGCUAUCCUAUCUAUAAGAUAAGGCUAGGGACUAAUGAAAGUUUUUAGAAAAUUGGGCAGACUAGAUGGGCCGAAUGGUUCUUAUCUGCCGUCACAUUCUAUGUUUCUAAAUUAAGCUAACUAAAGCAGUUUUAGUGUAUAGAUCAUUCCCCUGCAAAUUUACUGUCAUUUAAGAGUUAAUUCACUUUUUCUGUUUAUGCAGACCUAGCCACACCUCCUCUGGCUAUGAUUGACAAAGCCUGCAUGAAAAAGAAAACUGGUUUCACUUUCAAACAGAUGUAAUUUACCUUAAAUAAUUGUAUCUCAAUCUCUAAAUUGAACUUUAAUCACAUACAGGAGGCUCUUGCAGGGUCUAGGAAGCUAUUAACAUAGGGGAUAAUAGAAUCUUAAUUAAACAACUUGCAAUAAAAGCCUAAAUAGGGCUCUCUUUACAGGAAGUGUUUAUGGAAGGCUGUGCAAGUCACAUGCAGGGAGGUGUGACUAGGGUUCAUAAACAAAGGGAUUUAACUCCUAAAUGGCAAAAGAUUGAGCAGUGAGGCUGCAGGGGCAUGUUCUAUACACCAAAACUGCUUCAUUAAGCUAAAGUUGUUCAGGUGACUAUAGUGUCCCUUUAAAGGUUGUCUUCAAUUGGACAAUAUUUAUAUGAUGUAGUUACAUAUGCCUGUUAUAUAAUUUUUUUUUUUAUUUUUUUUUUUCCUGAAAUGAUGUUCCAGAUUGUACAUUUAAAGUCAGGCUGCCUCAUGUAAUAUCAAAUACUUUGUCUCAAACUGUAAUCUAGCAUUUAUUGGCUGACAAUUAACCGCAACUUUGCAACUUAGGAUACGGUGGAUAUGAUGAAUACAAUGGCUACAGUGAAUAUGCUUUUGGCACAGACCAGAGAUUUGGCAGAGGUAUGUAAUCUAAAGGGUUAGAAUAUCUGGAGCCCUUUUUUUUUCUUUUCUUUUUUUUUUCUUCCACUUUUUCUCUCCAUACCCCCUUACACCCUAUAAUCCCUUUUCUUCCUCUUAUGGCAGCAGAUCAUAGAUACGGUGAUGGAACAAGCUUCCAGAGUACAACUGGUCAUUGUGUACACAUGAGAGGUCUUCCCUACAGAGCAACAGAAACAGAUAUUUAUACUGUAAGUAGAAAUAAAUUUUUUUUUUUUUUUUGGUUUAUUUUUAUAUAGAAAUUUUUUUUUAACUUUUUUUUUUAUUUAUUUAUUUUUCUUAGUUUUUCUCUCCAUUGAAUCCUGUGAGAGUUCAUAUUGAAAUUGGUGCUGAUGGAAGAGUUACUGGGGAAGCAGAUGUUGAAUUUGCAACCCAUGAGGAUGCUGUAGCAGCAAUGUCAAAAGACAAGGCAAAUAUGCGUAAGUAGUUAGCAAUAAUGAUUUAAAGUGGGUUCUUGGCAAUAUUUUCCUUCUGUUGCAUGUUCCUCCUUUCUCCUGGCAGCUUCAUCUGCCAGCAAUCAAAAGUAUACAGUCAUUGUAGAGUACAAAGCAUAUCUGUAGUUUUCACGCACGUGACCACUGAGAUGCCUUAGCAUCUGUAUGCCACAGGCAAAUAACCAUAUCAGCCAUAAUUUAUGGAAAAUAUGGCAAUGAAAGUUAUUGGAGUAGCACUUGCAUGAUUUGGGAAUAAGUUUAUGAAAGUCUACUAUGACAGUUUACAGCAUGAAAAGCUCAAUAUGAAGAGAAAUGUGCCGCCAAAGGCGUACAAAAACUCGACUCGAAUGAGUUGCUUCACAUUGGAGUUUUUACCUUAUUUAGAACUAGAGCAAAAUGGUGUCUGAGGUUUUCUUCCUCGAUUACUAUAGAGCUGACAGGACUGCUUUAAAAAUUAUCUUCAUGUAGAAUUGUUGUAAUGUGCCCAUUUCAACACUUUUGUCAACUUAGUGCUGAUUUAAGCAAAUUGUUUUCUUUUCUUCUUAAAAAUGCACAGGGAAUUUGUCUAAAGAAUCUUGAGCUUGUUGGCGUGACAAAAUACCUCGGCUGUGGGAAACUGUACACUAAGUUUCAGUUUAAAGUGGCACUGUCAAGCCGAACUUACCUUUCCUCAAUCUCUUCCUCUUCUCCCCCUCUCUCAGGAUCUGUUAUUCUUUUCUUCCUGUCUUUAGUUUUCUUUAAAAUCAUAAGACAAAGUAGGGACUCUUUGCCUUAUGGAGGAUUCCUCCGCCUGACCAGCGGAGGAGCAAAGUGUGCUUCAUUUCCGCUGGUCAGAGCAAUUUUCCCAUGAUUCUCACCUUCCCUCUGUGUUCUUACGAUGCUUCCUGUCAUUUUAGACGAAACUGCCGAAUUGCAUUCUAACUGAACGAGAACAGUAUGUUUCUUUUAGAACGCAAUUCGGCACUUUAUUCGGAUCGGAAUUUCAUUCGAAUGAAACUCCGAUCCUAUUCUUGCUGUGGCUGCAUCUUGCAGCUGCUUAGUAGAUAACUCCCUAAUUCCCACUGUAUCAGGGAGCUAUCUACUAAAAGGCUGAAAGACCUAAAUUGGUCUUUCAGCCUGUGGCUGCUCACUGUAAAAAAACAAACAAACAUUGGUCCCCACCCUAAAACGACGGGUGGGGGCCCUAAAGUAAAAUAAGGGGGGAGACCUAAUGUCGUCGCCCCCACCCCUGGGCGGCGGGUGGGGGCCAUAAAGAUAAUGGGGGGGGGGCGGCUAGAAAAAAACAUUGUCUCCCCCCUUAUCUUACUUUAGGGCCCCCACCCGUCGUUUAGGGGUGGGGGCCAAUAGUUUUUUUUUAUUUGUUUUACUGUGAGCAGCCACAGGCUGCUCACUGUUUAGUGGACAUGCCCCUAUUCGAUGUAUAGCGAGUAGGGGCAUGUGGGAGAUUUUAAUCUCCCUUGUGCUAUUAUGGGUGUCAUAUUGACCCCCAUAGAGUGAGGGGGUACUGGGGGGCUUAUGAAGUGGUGGGGAGCACUGCUCCCUGCCCCUUUUAUCUUUACAUAUUACAAGGAGGGAGCUGCGUGCCGGUUGCUCCCUCCUUGUAAUAAACUGCACGAACACUAAUAGUGUUUGGCUGACAUUUCUAUUCGUUCAUUAGUCUGUCUGAUGGAUGAAUGAAUAGAUGACAUUCUCGUUUGCAUGUGCGGGAAUCUCAGUGUCUAGUGUGGGCGGCUGAUGACGUGUCCCACAGGGACUUCCUCUUCCCGCACAAAGAUGGCGGCGCCCUGAAUAUAGAUUGGGGCAGAAAAUAAGGAAUACAAAAUAGGUAAUUUGGGGGUGACUAGGGUGUGUUCGAUGUAGUGGAGGCCGGAGGGGGGUUAAAAAAAAAACAGGAUUCGGCAUGACAGUGCCGCUUUAAGACUUUAACUACAGAAAGCAAUUUUCAUGCUUCUAAGUAGAAAAAUAUUAAUGUUUGCUUCUUUCAAAAGCUUGAAGAAAGACUUGUCUUUAAGUGGUACUGUCUCUGCAUCCAAAAAUUGAACACUUCUCAACGAUAAAGUAUUUAUGAAUUACUCACCUUUACUGUUAAAAUUUCAUUAAAAUUCCAGUGCAGUCACACAAAGUAGGGACUACUUUGUCUUGUUUUUCUGCCACUUGUCAAGAUGGCUACCAUUGAGUUCUUUAAUUUCCACCAGCUGUCAAUAGUGAUGGGUGCAGGUAAUGGGUUGUGUCUAUGGAGAAUCCAGCUGGAUGUUUUUACAUAGACCUCAGACCAUAAAGGACAGGUUAAGAAAAGUAUAACUCUCCUUCCCCCUGCACUAGCAACUGGUAAAUUUUCAAGUGAUGAGUCAAAAUGCUAGAAAAAAGUUAACCCAUGACUGAAAAUAUGCACACAAUCUUAUUCUCUCUUUUUCAGAGCACAGAUACGUGGAACUCUUUCUCAAUUCUACAGCAGGAGGUUCUAGCAGUGCAUAUAGUAGCCAGAUGAUAGGUGGACUUGGUAUGUAUUGUACUGCAUCUUAAGAAAUUGCAUAAAACAGUGCCUGUUUUUCUGAUAUGGCUCUAAUUUUGUAUUCUUUAUAAAGUCAGACUUGUGUCUUGGCUAGAGAUGUUGCUUUAUGUAAAUGUCAGUGGAUGACAGUUUCCAUGUUCUUUAAUCCCUGCAAUGUAAAACAUUGCUGUUAAACUUUUGUGGCGCAGAGUAAAACGGUCACUUGGCAUAUAUUAGGUCCCCAAUGUUCCCCUAUAACAGGCUUCCCCAAACUCUGGCCCUCUAGAUGUUUCUGAACUAAAACUCCCAUUAUUCUAUGAAUGAAAUAGAUGGGCAGAGAAUCAUGGGAGUUGUAGUUCAGCAACAUCUGGAGGGCCAGAGUUUGGGGAAGCCUGCUGUAUAAGGAGCAUGUAUUUGGACACUGCAGGAGGAGGCCCUGCCUCCUUUGUGAUGGCACCUGUGUAGGAGAGCUCAGUACUCAAAAUAAGGCAAGUAAAGAGUUUUAAGUACGAGACAGGAACACUAACAUUGGGAAUACAGAUUUGUAUUCCUAAUGUUGGUGUUAAUUUAAACCAAGAAAUGAGAUGUAGACUUACUGUAUGAAUUCAAUGCAAUAUAAAGUGUGUUUUCUCUUCAUGUGUUCAGUAGUAAGACAGUUUUCCUGUAAUUGAAUAAGAAGCUGUUUGCAGACUCAUUACCAAUUAUUUACCAACAUCUUGAAGUCUAACUGAAGGGAGUCAUUUUUCUAGGCUGAACGUUUAGAAUGCCCUGCUUAUAGAUCUUAAGACAGAAAUUAUAUUAAGAGAUUUAAUAUGCGUAAGGCACCUUUUGUUUAGAUUAGGUAAAAAGUGGCAUUUUGGCUGCAUCUGAUCUAAAAGCAAUCUUUAGGUUUUGCAAGUCAAAUGUCAUCCCUAGAAUAAUUUGUGGACUCCUAUGUCUAAUUUUUCUUCCCUUAAUUUUAGCACCUGGUACUCAGACAAGUUAUGGAAGCCCUGGCACACAAGCUUUGAGCGGUAGUUAUGGAGCAGGAUAUGGAAGUCAAGCCAGUUUAAGUGGCUACGGUAAGAAUGUGACUUGGCUUUUAUGCAGCUCUGAGAAACCAUUAAAUGCCAGUUGUAUUAAACCUAUUUUAGUUGUUUGGCUCUUAUCUUUUCUGUAAAGUAUGUUGGCAAGGGUGUUUUUAUUUGUUUUAUUUUUAUUUUUUAUAAAAGCACUUCAACCGCAAUAAUCACUAUAACUUGCAAGUAUGUCUUUCUCUUUAGGAAGUCAGAGUGGAUUAAACAGCAGCUAUUAUAGCAGUGGAACGCGAGGCUCAUUGGGAGUAAACGGGAUGGCUGGAAUGUCGAGCAGUAUGAGCAUGAGUGGUGCCUGGGGAAUGUAAAAUAUUUUUAUUGUUUUUGAAUCCAUGCUUUUAACUUUCAUUUUUUGUAAGACAAAACUGAGCUGUUUUUUGCGUUAACUUGUAAUUUAUGCUUACUGUGAGAUGGUAUUUUUUAAAAAAGUUCAUACUUCAGUGUUCAGAUACCUUAGAAAUUAUCUGAAGGUGUGUAGCUAAAGCAGAGCAGCUCAAGUUGUUGUGUUUUGUUUUUUUUUAUUUUAUUUUUGUAGAAGUAUACAAACGAAGUAUUGGCAAGUCUAUCAUUUUGUUGUAUCACAUACUGUAAAUUGUUCUAAAGGUGUGUUGAGACAUGCCUCUUUGUAACAUAUUGCCCUAUUUUCAUUUUGAAUUCUGUAAUUUUUUUAAUUUUUUUUUUUUUUUAUAUAGAUAGUUUUGAGCUUGAAAUAUAACUUAGUCUUGGCAUUUGUCAUUCUAAGACUUUUUUGUAAUUUCUUUAGAUGUUGCUCAAUGUUCUUCAUUCAAUAAAUCUCUAAAACACAA